UCAUAUUCCUUUCUCCUGGGAUUACAGAUAUGCCAAAUUCUGUUCUGCUAAAACUAUGUUUACUGUCACAAUGCCAGGAUUGUUCCACAUCUUGUUUCUCAGUGACAUCUUGGUUGCACUUUAUUUUACAGUACGUGUACUUACAUGUACUUGUAGUGUACUUACAGUGUAUUUAUCUAAGAAAGUUCUGGUAAUACAAGGUAACUACAUGGGGUAGGGUUAGGUUCAGGGUUAGUACCUAAUCAUUACAUAGUUAUUGUAAUUACUAUAAUAAGUACAUGUACAUGAGGAAAGGGACUGUACAAAUAAAGUGCUACCGACAUCUUUCCACUGCCUCGAUCUUUCUGGAUAUCACUUGUUAAUGCAAAGAUUUCUCUCUCUGUCUCUCAUUCACUCUCUCAUUUAAUCUCCCUUUCAUUUAGAUUAAUAAGUAAUUCCAUGGAAGCACAAAGAGAAACAUCCACCUGUUCUGCUCUCCUUGCCCUACCACAUUUCCCUUUUUCCUUUCGUGAAAACAUGACUCAUGAGUUACACCAACAAUGUUCUAUAUGGACUUAUGAAAGAUCAGCUUGGAGGUCUUAAAGGGAAUAUAGUCUGGACUUGAGAGGGGUAACAGUGAGUACCAUUUCUGGUUUAAGGCCCCAGAAACCAUAUGCAGGCCAGCAUGGCACCCAAGAACGCUUUCACAGAGUCCGUUCCAGCGCUGGAAAUGAUACAAGUCUUACAAGAAAAAGAUUCAAAUUGUGGACAAAAUGCAGGGCAGAAGAAAGAGAGGGAAGUGGAGAAGUCAGAGGACUCGGCCAGUGAGGAUUCAAUAAACCAUAUCCCGAAGCGGUUAUGGGUCAUGCAUGGUGCUGUCAUGUUUGGGAGGGAGUUUUGCUAUGCUAUGGAAACAGCGCUGGUCACUCCUGUGCUGUUGCAGCUGGGUCUCCCGGAGCAGUAUUACAGCUUAACCUGGUUCCUCAGCCCUAUUUUGGGUUUAAUUUUCACCCCUCUAUGUGGCUCAGCAAGUGACCGUUGCACUUUGAAAUGGGGUCGGAGGAGACCCUUCAUUUUGGCACUGUGUGUAGGAGUGUUAAUAGGAGUGUCCUUAUUUCUCAAUGGAUCUCUUAUAGGUCUGUCUCUAGGUGAUGUUGCCGGUAAUCAACCGGUUGGGAUUGUGCUGACCGUUGUUGGUGUGGUAGUUCUAGAUUUCUGUGCUGAUGCUUUGGAUGGACCAAUCAGAGCCUACCUCCUGGAUGUGGCUGAUACCGAGGAACAGGACAUGGCUCUGAAUAUCCAUGCUUUCUCAGCAGGGCUAGGAGGUGCUUUAGGUUACAUGUUUGGAGGGCUGGACUGGACCAACACCUUCCUAGGUCAAGCUUUUAAGGCCCAAGAGCAGGUCCUCUUUUUCUUUGCUGCCAUCAUCUUUAUCAUUUCUACAACGCUUCAUCUUUUCAGCAUCAAUGAGCAUCAAUAUAGCCCGAACCAUCAAGGGGCAUUAAAGGAUGAGGAUGAAGUAACGCCACCUCCUGUCCAGCUCUAUAGAAACUUUCCAUCUACUCAUCUCAUACCUCAACUAAAACUGAUCCCUGAAGACGAGCUGUUUUCAGCCCAUGAGGAUAAUCGCACUGAGCAGGAUGUUUCAAUUGAAUUUCUAAAUGACUUGGUGCGGAGUAAAAGUGACUCAGUUUUAGCCAUGCCAGAUUCUACAGUAGAGCUUAUCCCAGACUUGGACUUGGAUCGCAAUGGGCAGUUUGUGUGCAACAUCAAACCUACUUUACUCCUAGACUUUCAGGGUCUACAAGAUGAUUCCCACAACACUUGCCAUCCAGGUCAGUGCACUGACCAUCACUUAAAGUGUUGUUAUAGCAAUGGGGAAAAUAUCUGUGAAGUUGCCAAAAUUGAAAAUGAAAGCUUUGCCAUUUCUGGAAAUCCAAUAAAUGGUGCAACGAAUGCUACCAGUCAACCAGGUAAAGUCGGUUUACGCCCACCUGGCACCUCAGUGCGUCGCCGCCACCCUUCCCUCUAUCGUCAGCCCUCCUUCACUUUCUCUUAUCAUGGACGUGUGGGCUUUCAAUGGCGAAGGCGCUACGGCAACGUGGCUGGGCCGAUCAAAUCUUCGCGAAGCCUGAAUGACAUCGACAAAAUCGAUAGACGCCAUGAAUGGCGAAAGAUGCAGCUAAGGUACAUCUCUGCAUCCCUCAGAGAUGAAGAGGAUGAAGAGAGCGAGGAUGGAGAUAGUGGUACGUCGGUCAAACUGCUCUGGUUGUCAAUGUUUAACAUGCCACCCCAGCUCUGGCGUCUGUGUGUAUGUCACUUGCUCUCCUGGUUCUCCAUUAUUGCACAAGCUGUGUUCUACACAGACUUCAUGGGCCAGGUCAUCUUUGAAGGAGACCCGACUGCUGCUGCUAACUCCACUGCCCUGCAGAACUACAGUAAAGGUGUGCAGAUGGGCUGCUGGGGGCUUGUGAUCUAUGCGGCUACAGCUGCGCUCUGCUCAGAUGUGCUCCAAAGGAUCUUAAACAACUAUGACCUAAGCAUAAAAAUCAUCUACAUGUUAGGGACUCUAAGCUAUACUGUGGGCACAGCCAUCAUGUCCAUCUUUCCAAAUAUAUAUAUUGCUAUGGUGAUGAUAAGCACCAUGGGAAUCAUUUCUAUGAGCAUGUCAUACUGCCCUUAUGCUCUGCUGGGACAGUACCAUGAAAUCAAAGAGUACAUUCAUCACAGCCCUGGAAACUCACGGCGAGGGUUUGGCAUCGACUGUGCCAUCCUGACGUGUCAGGUGUACAUCUCUCAGAUUUUGGUGGCGUCGGCUCUCGGUGCAGUCGUAGAUGCUGUCGGUACGGUGAGAGUGAUCCCCAUGGUGGCAUCAGGAGGUGCCUUUCUUGGUUUUCUUGCUGCGGCUUUCCUCGUCAUCUAUCCUGAUACAUUUGAUGAUGAAGAUGAUGACGAUGGCGAUGAUGAAGAUGGGCUAAGUUCUGCUAAGUCAGAGAAGCUCAUUGUUUCAAAGCCAGUGCCAUUGAGCAGUUCCUGCAAGCUGGAGGUUGAAUCCACAAUUUGAGUGUUAGAACUUAAAAUACUUGAGUUAUUAAAGUACAAAUCACAGAAUGCAUAAGCAAGAGGGUCAUUUUCUGUCAUUCAUACACUCUCUCAUAUGCAGAAUGUAAUUCUGAUAUGUUACAGAGACAAAGCCAUCUGAGUCAAAUAUUUGAUUUCUGAGAUUAUUUCUCAAACCAUUUAUUGUU